CGAGAAUUCUGCUGGUAGUUCCAGUUGCGGCUCCGGAGCGGGGUGCCUCCGCCCGGUGGUUAAUGGGGUGUUUUUGUUGUCGGCGUGUCGCUGCAGGUUGCCAAGUGUCCUCUGGGAAGCAAAAUCGCCUCUGGUUGACAUCUACGGAGCUAGACUUUUUACAGUACCCAUCGUUGAGUGCAAUGAGGAAGAUAAAGAAAGGAGCCAUAUAUUGAAGACGAUGUCUGGAAGCUUCUACUUUGUAAUUGUUGGCCACCAUGAUAAUCCUGUUUUUGAAAUGGAGUUUUUGCCAGCUGGGAAAGCGGAAUCCAAAGACGAUCAUCGUCAUCUGAACCAGUUCAUAGCUCAUGCUGCUCUUGACCUAGUAGAUGAGAACAUGUGGCUGUCAAACAACAUGUACUUGAAAACUGUGGACAAGUUCAACGAGUGGUUUGUGUCAGCAUUUGUCACCGCAGGACAUAUCCUUACGUUUUUAGUAGAUACCUAACUAAAGGUUGGUUUAACAGACUAGAAGAGCAUGGAACAUAGAUGCCAGGCUCUGAGACUGUAGACUUCAAAGAGUAUGAGGCUACUUUUGUUGAACAGAUAAUUUAAAACUAAGUCUCGUAUAUAAAACCAAGAUUUAUCUGAACCAUAUUGAGGAUGAUUGUACUUAAUUUUAUAGUUAUUUUCUAACUUUAGAUUAUGUUCUCUUUAAGAUAAAACUAUACUGAUUUUAAACCCAGCUUAUGUAUUCAGCUUUUCCAUUGCAAAAUAUACUGCAUGUGGCUAAUUUGAAGAAUAUUGUAUCAAGUGACUGCUUUUCAUUUUUCAU